GCCAGCCAGUGAGGCAGUGACUACAUACUGUCAUUGAGUGACUGGCUGACUGCCAACUCGCCACUGCUCCUGUGCAACCGAGAGAGAGAGAGAGAGAGAGAGAGAUGGCCAAGGCUCACGUCCUCGUGCUGCCGUUCCCGGCGCAGGGCCACGUCACCCCGCUCAUGGAGCUCUCCCACCGCCUGGUCGACCAUGGUUUUGAGGUCACCUUCGUCAACAGCGAGGUGUACCACGCGCAGGUGGUCAGUGCGCUUCCGGCGGGCGGCGCGGCGGCGCUGGGCGGCAUCCACCUGGCGUCCAUCCCGGACGGGCUGGCCGACUAUGAGGACCGCAAGAACAUAAGCAAGCUCAUCGAGUCCUUCUCCCGGCACAUGCCGGGGCACCUGGAGCGUCUUGUCGCCGAGAUAGAGGCGGCCGGGAGACCCAGGGUGAAGUGGCUCGUCGGCGACGUGAACAUGGGGUGGUCCUUCGAGGUCGCCAAGAAGCUCGGCAUCAGGGUCGCCUCAUUCUGUCCUGCGUCGGCGGCGUGCUUAGCCAUCCAACUGAAGACCCCCAAGUUGAUAGAGGAAGGGCUCCUCGACGGCAAAGGCUGGCCAGAGCGGGAUGAGACGUUCCAGCUCGCCCCCGGGAUGCCGCCGCUGCACACGUCCCAAAUGCCGUGGAACAUCGCCGGAGCGCCCGAUGGGCAGCACAUCAUCUUCGACCUGAUCACCCGGAACAACAAGCUCAACGACCUCGCCGAGAUGGUGGUGUGCAACUCCUUCCACGAGGCCGAGGCGGGGGCGUUCAAGCUCUUCCCCGACAUCCUGCCCAUCGGCCCGCUCUUCGCCGAUCCCCAAUUCCAGAAGCCCGUGGGCCACUUCCUACCGGAGGACGAGAGGUGCCUCAAGUGGCUCGACGCGCAGCCCGAUGGGUCCGUCGUGUACGUGGCCUUCGGCAGCAUGGCCAUCUUCAACCCGCGCCAGUUCGAGGAGCUGGCCGAGGGGCUGGAGCUCACCGGCCGGCCGUUCCUCUGGGUGGUGCGGCCGGACUUCACCGCUGACCUGAGCAAGGCGUGGCUCCACGAGUUCCAGCAACGUAUCGCCGGCAUGGGAACGAUUGUCAGCUGGUGCUCCCAGCAGCAGGUGCUGGCACACUGUGCGGUGGCGUGCUUUGUGUCGCACUGCGGUUGGAACUCGACCAUGGAGGGAGUGAGGAACGGCGUACCAUUCCUUUGCUGGCCAUACUUCUGCGACCAGUUCCUAAACCGGAGCUACAUCACCAACGUGUGGAGGACCGGCCUGGCAGUAUCGCCCGGCUCGGACGGCAUCGUCACCAAGGAGGAGUUGAGGAGCAAGGUGGAGCAGGUCAUCGGCGACGGCGGGAUCAAGGAGAGGGCACGACUGUUUAUGGAUGCGGCUCGCUGGUGCACCGGCGAGGGGGGCUCCUCGCUCAAGAACUUCACUAAGCUUGUGAACCUGCUAAGUGAAUGAGGAUCAGACCCUCGUUGCGUGCUUCAUGCACGCACCAUUUCCACAAAGCUCAAAGGAAUCGUCUGUUGAUUCGCAGAUACCUGUGUUGCUUGCUUAAAUGCACAGAUUAUAUUCUCCGUCCUGUACCAUAAUGCGCCGGGGGCGUUCUGUAUUUCUGUUAAUGGUUCACAGUAACGCCGAAAUGUAUCAAUGGCUGCCUUA